AUGCUGGCUCUCCUUAUUUUCGCUCUCUGGGCCGUUUCUGCCCGUGCCGUUGCAAUUGUUAAGCGUGAGGACGUCUCUUGCGAGAUGGUAUUCUCCGGACCCCUUGCACUCCUAUCUUUGGAUCGACCAACAGUUUGGAAUGUUUCUAACGAACAAGCGGCCGAAAACUUCAAUGCUCUCGUAGUUCAAUCUCCGGGUCUCUCGCAGCUCCAGGUCGAGUUCCAGAAAUUCACUGGCUUUCCUGCAGGAUGGCCCGAUCAGUGCCUGUUUACGGGGGAGCUUAUCGUUGGCGAAUCUUCGUCAUACGUAAUCGAAGUCGGAAAUUGCUCCUACGCAGACGACUCUUCGCAGCUGUCGCAAUACUGGUCAUUGGGACAGAACUGGGAUGAUGCUAGCAUGGACUUGUUCUUCCUGGGCCGUUCCGUCAAUGGAACCACACUCAUCUCUGGGGAGACAUCGUACCAAUAUGUUUUGAAUGACUUUGAGGACACACAGGCGAUCGAAGUAUGGACAGUAUUGGUGCUUAAUGCAGACGGUAUAUACUCUGCAUUCUAUCAGGUGGUGAUCGCAAACCAGUGCACAAUUAUAGCACUCACUUUUGGUGCUCGGUGA